AUGGCGCUGCCCCCCAGCCCCCUGGCUAUGGAGUAUGUCAAUGACUUCGACCUUAUGAAGUUCGAGGUAAAGCGGGAGCCAUCUGAAGGGUGCACUGGCCCUCCCACAGCAUCCCUGGGCUCCACUCCUUAUAGCUCAGUGCCUCCCUCACCCACCUUCAGUGAGCCGGGCACAGUGGGCACCCCCGAGGACCCCCGGCCAGGCUUGGAGGAGCUGUACUGGCUGGCCACUCUGCAGCAGCAGCUGGGGGCUGGCGAAGCACUAGGGCUCAGUCCUGAGGAGGCGGUGGAGCUGCUGCAGGGCCAGGUACCCGUGGAUGGGACCCAAGGCUUCUACACAGGGAGCCCAGAGGAGCCAGGAGCCCAGCACACACAGCUGGCUGAUCGCUUUUCGGACGCGGCUCUGGUGUCGAUGUCAGUGCGGGAGCUGAACCGGCAGCUGCGUGGCUGCGGGCGCGAUGAGGCGCUGCGACUAAAGCAGAGGCGCCGGACGCUGAAAAACCGCGGUUACGCGCAGGCCUGUCGCUCCAAGCGGUUGCAGCAGCGUCGCGGACUGGAGGCCGAACGUGCCCGCCUGGCCGCCCAGCUGGACGCGCUGCGCGCUGAGGUGGCCCGCCUGGCCCGGGAGCGCGAUCUCUACAAGGCUCGUUGUGACCGACUGACCUCCAGUGGUCCUGGCUCUGGGGACCACAUCCAGUUCUUCCUCUGA